CACAAGAUAGACUGCGUUAUACACUUUGCGGCGUUGAAAGCAGUUGGAGAAUCAUGCCAAGAACCACUCAAGUAUUACAGCAACAAUGUCACGGGAUCUAUCACCUUGUUGAAGGUGAUGAAAGAGAAGAAUGUGACGAAAUUGGUGUUUUCUUCAUCAUCUACCGUCUAUGGAAAUCCUGAAUAUCUACCUAUAUGUGAAAAACAUCCAACUGGACGAAGCUGUACAAAUCCUUAUGGCAAAUCGAAAUACUUUGUUGAAGAAAUUCUCAGAGAUUUGGUGACUUCUGACAAGGCGAUGAAUGUGAUCUCACUGCGUUAUUUCAAUCCAGUCGGAGCUCAUUGUUCUGGCGAAAUCGGUGAAGAUCCGACGGGGGCACCCAACAAUCUGAUGCCCUAUGUUGCACAAGUGGCCAUUGGCAGGAGAAAAGAACUGCUCGUCUUUGGCAACGAUUAUGAUACCCCUGAUGGAACAGGUGUUCGAGAUUACAUCCAUAUAAUGGAUUUGGCUGAAGGACAUGUUGUUGCUCUUGAGAAUAUUCUGCAGACAUCUUCUGUGCAUCGAUUCAAUGUGUUCAAUUUGGGUACUGGAAGAGGCUACUCCGUUUUAGAGGUAAGAAUUUCCAAAACAAAAGUUAACCUCUGUUGCAUACUGG